UUAUCUAUUUUUUUAUUUCUUGUCUCACCAAAUUCUUUCGUUUCAAGCUUUGAACUUGAAAAGCUAUGCCGAUUUACUAUGUCUGUAAAGAAGAACUAUCGCCGUGUGCCCUACCACAACUGGAAGCAUGCGGUCACCGUUGCACACUGCAUGUAUGCCAUACUUCAGAACAACCAGGGUCUUUUCACUGAUCUGGAGCGGAAAGGUCUUUUAGUUGCAUGCUUGUGUCAUGACCUGGAUCACCGAGGUUACAGCAACAGCUAUCUUCAGAAAUUUGACCACCCUUUAGCUGCUCUCUAUUCCACAUCAACGAUGGAGCAGCACCACUUCUCGCAGACUGUGUCCAUCCUGCAGCUGGAAGGGCACAAUGUCUUCUCCAAUCUGAGCUCCAGUGAAUAUGAGCAAGUCCUCGAGAUCAUCCGGAAAGCCAUCAUUGCCACAGACCUUGCCCUGUAUUUUGGAAACAGAAAACAGCUUGAAGAGCUGCAUCAGACAGGAGCAUUAAACCUUAAGAACCAAGCACAUAGGGAUCGAGUUAUUGGUCUGAUGAUGACUGCUUGUGAUUUGUGUUCUGUAACAAAGUUGUGGCCAGUUACCAGGCUGACAGCCAACGAUAUAUAUGCUGAGUUCUGGGCCGAGGGUGAUGAAAUGAAGAAAACAGGUAUUCAACCUAUUCCUAUGAUGGACAGAGACAAGAAGGAUGAAGUCCCUCAGGGUCAGAUCGGAUUCUACAAUGCUGUAGCCAUUCCAUGUUACACCACGCUUGCACAGAUCUUUCCCCCAACUGGGCCACUGCUUCGAGCAUGCAGGGACAAUCUCAACCAAUGGGAGAAAGUGACAAGAGGAGAGGAGGCUUCUAUAUGGAUUCCCUCGCAGUCCCUUGCUCCUGGGACCUCCGAUUCCCUUCCCGUGAAGAUUGAUGACUGAACGGCAGCAAGAGAUUGCUUUAACCCUACAAGCAUCCCUUCCUUGUUUUGGGGGUUGUUUCUUUU